CUGCUAUAUUCUUAAAUAUGAUUUUUUAAUUUUUUAAUUUUAUGCUUUUGUUUGUCCUAAUUCCCUGGCUCUCUGUUGUUAAACUGAUGCCACUGUUCUCCCAGCUAUCUCCCCCCGCUUCCAGCUUGUUUCCUCCCACCAGUCAGUCAGACGGGGGAGGACUGCCUGUCUGACAGCAGUUCAGGCCUUAAAGAGUUGAACUUCAACAGAGCAGUGAAAUUCUGACUGUUGUCAUCGACCAGUGAGGACCAGAUUUUUUAUUCCCAGUUGCCAUGAGCAAGGACAAGCCGAACAAGCAGAUGCUGGAGCCCACCAGACCUCUGUCCCGGUCCAAAGGCCAGAACCCCCCCAGGAUGCCUAAGUGCUCCCGCUGUAGAAACCAUGGCUAUGUCUCACCUCUGAAGGGACACAAGCGCUUCUGCAAUUGGAGAGAAUGCCAGUGUCUCAAAUGUAAACUGAUAACUGAGAGGCAGAGAGUGAUGGCAGCCCAGGUCGCCCUGAGACGGGAGCAGGCUCAGGAAGAGGAGCUUGGGAUUUGCAGUCCAGUGACUCUGCCCGGCCCUGACGUGAUGGUGAAGAAUCGAAGCAGAGGAGACUGCUUGUACUCUAUGGAGGGACGAUCUUCACCACCUUCCACUGGCUCCCCUUCUUCUCUUGCUCCAGGGAGUCGCUCAGCAUCGUCCUCCAGCUCAUCAGCAAGUGCCCGGGCUCCUCCUGAGGGACCGUCGGAUGUGCUGCUUGACCCAUACUACAACUUUUACCAGUCCUCAUGUUACCCCACCUACUACAGCAAUCUUUAUGACUACCAGCAAUAUCAGAAAAUGCCCCACGGUGACAGCCGCCUGCCGAGCCACAACAUAUCCUCUAAGUAUGGCAUGCAUUCCUACUACCCAGCAGCCACCUAUUUGACUCAGGGCAUGGGCUCCACCACCUGUGUGCCACCGCUCUUCAGUCUGGACGUCAACAAUAAUGACAACAACAGCAACAACAACAACAGCAACAGCAACUGCUCUGAGACCCUGGCACCCUCAGGCUUCCCAUCCAGCAGCAGCACCACUGGUCACAGCUCCACCAUGACCUGCAUGUCCAUCAGCUCCCUGGUUAACUCUGAUGUCCACGCUGAGUGUGAGGCCACCAGCGAGACACCAUACACCGUCAACUCCAUCACUGAUAGUGAUGCCACCAAUUAAACAAAGCUAAGGAUUACAUAUGAUAGAAGCAUUAUGAGAUUAGCUGAGUAAAAAAACUUUUAGAGUUCACUGUUGCAGGUUUCUCUGUUUCUGUCCAGAGGGCACUACAAUGUAUACUAUAGUUGAGAAUAGCAUAGAAGCACUGAAGUGAUUAGAAAGUAACAAAAAACAUUCACAAACAACAUUUGAGAAGAUAGUAGUAGUGUAUGCAUACAAUAGAUAGUAGACAUACAAUAAAUAAGUAUUUUGAUUAUAGUAUACAUUAUAAAUUUGGUCAAGACUGGAACAAAUGAUCCAAACUAGACAAGGACUUGUGUAUUUAUAAAGUUGUACAUUUCAUUUUUCUCUUCAGAAAGGCCCAGUCUAUCAGACUUAGGUGCUCUAUUUACAGAAUAUGGCAGAAAUUAAAUAUAAUAUUUAUAACUAUGUUUCCAUCAGUGUCCAAUCACCUGAAAAUUAAUAAGAAUUGCCGUGUUUUUCUUAUCUCAGAAUGAACCUUCUAUGUUUACAGAAGGAGCGGGUUUUCUUCUACAGAGUCCACCAUGUUGAACUGUCAUGUUUCUACAGUAGCCCAGAACGGACAAACUAAACACUGACUCCUGAGAGGACCUUUCAUGUCUUUCGUCUGUUUCAUGGCCACUAUAGGCGAAAGGCUCUCAGUUGAUUGCAAUCUGCAGCUUCCCUGCUAGAUCUUACGUCCUACUCACUGGACUUUUAAUGCAAAACAAAAAAAAUGUUCUUGUCCAAAGAAAAAGUUACACAACAUCCAGAAAAGCUCUCAGUAGCUUAUAACACAUUUAAUUUGCAUCAGUCAUGAAGUGUUUCUGUCAGCAUUGAAUGAGCGGUGAUUAGUUAGACAUUAACAGACGAUCUUUUAUCAUACAGGCUUAGUGUUUUUUAGCAUUUACCAUUUGUAUCUGUAUUAGUUUUUAUUAUUAGUUUGUGAGCUUUUAAAAUGUUUUUUGAUACCAACCCUACAUAACAAGCAUUGAUCUAGUGAUUUAGUUUUGUGUUGUACUAAAUGUCUACUUUAGAUACAGUGUAAUCACAGUCUUAAAUGUAUUUAAAUCACUGUAUUUCAUGGAGUAGUUAGAAGCUGCUUCACAUCAAAACAUAGUCAUUGAAAUGUUAUUGAAACAAUCAUUAUAGUGAACCUAGAUUUCUAAAAAACAAACAAAAAAAAACUUGCAAGUAGUCGAGGUAGCAAAACACCUGGUAGAUUUAUUUAGUAGAUGUGGACAUAAACAACGCAUUAUUAAAUACAAAUCAGAUGUUCAGCACACAAAGUGUACUUAUUUGUAUUAAUUGUGAUUUGACCUUGGAUACAGUAUAUGAAUGUUACACAGAAAGGUCAGAGAACGUCUCUAACAGCCACCUUUCUACACCUGAGACUUCCUGUUCCUGUGACAAUGUGAAAAAGACAAACAGCCAGGUCAAACAUGAAUCACGAUUCCCUUCUUUGUGUUGGCGUGCGAUGAGCGCCGGCUGUUUAUUUAUGGCACCAGUGCAGCAGUAUCAUUUAUACCAGAGAAUUUGCAUGUCUAUUGCAUAUAUUUCACCCCUUCAGGUCAUGCAUACAGGUCACUGUUUACAACCGUACAUACACUUUGGUACAGCUUUGUAGAGACAGCAGGCAUUUUGAUGAAAUAAUUCAUCAUUUAAGACAAUUUUCAGACAAAAAUGGUUUCAGCUUCUCAAAUGUUAGGAUUUGCUGAUCUUAAAUUUUGGUAAAUAGAAUGAAUAUACUUUUUGAAGUGUCACCUUGGGAUCUGAGAAAUAGCCGUUUGUCAUUAUAUUUUAAUAUUUUAAAUAAAGACAAAUAAGCAGCUGAUUUGUUUUAACAGAUAAUUAAAUACCACAGUGUUUUUCUUUUUUUUCAUAGGUGUUUUUGUAUUCACUUCAUUCACUAAUAAAAGUAAUCCUGGCUUGACUA